AUGCAUUUGAAACAACAAAAAGUCCAAAAAAUUAAGAAAAUAAAAUUGGAAAAGCUUGUUCAACCAAUCCAUAUAUAACAAAUAGUACUCAGAGGACCUACCCCUGCAGAAACUGAAUUAGCUACAAAAGCUACUUAACCGAUUAUAUGUAGAGGUAGAAAAGUUUGUAAAACGAAUGAAACUGAGGCGAAAUAGAGCAAGCACAUGGAGAGUGUCUUUAAAUCAUUAUUUGCGAUGUCAUAAACACUCAAAGUUAAGAGAUUCGAUAGAAAUCCUAUUAAUAAUCGGGCAAUGGGCUUAACGCAUGAGAUAAUGAAUGCACUGAUAUAUCAUAAAAAGAACUGCCCAAGUUUCGUCUGA